UGUCACCAACGAACAAAGCUCUUGUCCUCAUCCAAAAAAUGGUGAAAAGCCCGCCACUGAAAGCCUUGUCAAUCUUCAACUCCUCAACUCUCCAAGGCUUCCACCACACCCACCACUCCAUCUCCUUCAUUCUUCACAACCUCAUCUCCUCCAAUAUGCCAAUGCACGCCCAGUCCCUCAUUCUUCAACUCCUCUCCGGUCGAAUCUCAUCCCCAUUCUUCACUCCCUCGUCUCUCCUCCACGAUUUAACUCAACCCAAGUUGAGCUCAGUCGCCAACUCUAGUCAUCUAUACGAAGCAAUCAUCAACGCCCAUGUUCGAUCUCAGUUGCCAGAGCAAGCCCUUUACUAUUUGAACAAAAUGGUUGAGCAAGGCCUCGUUCCCAGAUCAAACACUUUCAAUAACAUAUUGGUUUUACUUGUUAAGUCGAGAGAUUUUGAAAAGGCUUUGUGGGUGUUCACUGAGUUUAAGGGUAAGGUCGGAUUGGACUCGUAUAGUUUUGGGAUGGUUAUAAAAAGUUGCUGCGAGGGUAGUGAAUUGGAUAGGGGGUUUGGGGUUUUUGAUGAGAUGGAGGAAAUGGGUUGGUCUCCAAAUGUGGUUAUAUAUACUACAUUGAUUGAUGGGUGUUGCAAGAAUGGUGAUUUAGAGAGGGCAGAGAAGAUGUUUUGUAAAAUGGGGGAGCUUGGUUUGGUUGCUAAUCAGUUUACAUAUACUGUGUUGAUUGAUGGGCUUUUCAAGAAAGGUCGGAAUAAAGAAGGGUUUGAGUUGUAUGAGAAGAUGAAGAUUAAUAGGGUUGUUCCUAACAUGCGUACUUUUACUUGUUUGAUCAGUGGGUGUUGCAACGAUGGAAAAAUGAAUAGUGCAUUGAAACUGUUCGAUGAAAUGCGUGAGAGAGGAAUGGCCUGCAAUGUGGUCACAUACAACAUCCUAAUUGGUGGGUUGUGUCGAGAAAUGAGGGUUUGGGAAGCUGAGAAGUUUGUGAAUGAGAUGAAGAGGGAUGGUAUUAGUCCGAGUAUAGUUACUUUCAACACUCUGAUUGAUGGGUUUUGUAGUCUUGGAAAGUUGGACAAGGCGUUGAGUUUGUUUGAUCAGUUGAAGUCGAGUGGACAAUCUCCGUCUCUGGUGACUUAUAAUGUUCUGAUUCGAGGCUUUGCCAAAGCUCAAAACUCUGCUGGAGUCACUGAUUUGGUGAGAGAGAUGGAGAACAGAGGCAUGUCUCCUUCUAAAGUGACAUAUACAAUUGUAAUUGAUGCCUUGGUUCGAUCUGAUGACAUGGAAAGAGCAUUUCAUGUGUUCUCCUCCAUGGCGAAGGCUGGUCUGGUGCCUGAUGUCUACACGUAUGGGGUCUUAAUACAUGGAUUAUGCAUGAAAGGUAAUAUGAUUGAAGCAUCAAAGCUGUUACAAUCAAUGAGCGAUUCACAUUUGGAGCCAAGUGAUGUCAUAUUUAAUAUAAUGAUUCAUGGCUACUGCAAAGAGGGUAGCUCUUACAGGGCACUGAGGUUGCUCAAAGAAAUGAGAAAGAAAGGAAUGGUUCCGAAUGUGGCUAGUUACAGUUCUACCAUUGGAGCUCUUUGUAAUGAUGGGAAAUGGGAAGAAGCUGAAAUACUACUUAAAGAAAUGACGGACUCAGAUUCGAAACCAUCAGUUUCUUUGUAUAAUAUAAUUUCUAGAGUGAAAAAUGAUACACCGGUGAAGUUAUCAACCUAAACCUAUGAUAUUGUCAGUACAGCACAAAUGCGGCGGAAAGAAAGUGUUACCAUUGCCUCCUGAACCUUGUUGGCGGACCACACAGUACUAGCUGGACAUGCUUCAGUUAGUUAAAAUUGAUGAGCCUCCCUAAAAACUUCCCCCACAAGGUUUUUCCAGAAACGGAAGUACGUUGGUGACAACAGUCAACCAAAGGGACGUAAAUUGUCAAAGACAACAGCUGAAAAAGAAACAACAUGAAGCUCUACUUGAGGAUGAGGCUGCUCAUGGUUCUCAGGAUGUAUGGGAGACUUGGAUUUGAUACCAUGAACCAGAUUGAAAAGUCACUGAAUCAUAGAUGACCUUAUAUAGAUUCCCAACACGUCGGUUGUUCAAAUUAUAACCCUAGCUUUCAUUGGAUUUUCUGUCAUAAAUUUGAUAUUUCUCCGUGUCUGGCCACUGCAAUCAGAAGAUGCAGCUCCAACAACAACAACAUAACUCCAAUGAUCAAGCUCCCAAUUUUGACCAAGUCGCUGCCACUGCAAGAACAAAGCGGCCGGAAUGCGCUGGAGUCUUCACUUCUGCAAGAGGAAGCUGCAGUUUCAACACCGCUGAGUAUGCUAUUUGGUUGAAGAAGUUUAUGGAUGGGGAAGUGUGUCGAUUGACUCGAUUCCAUCUCGAGUGUAAGCAUACGUUUCAUCAAGAAUGUAUUAAUGAAUGGCUAGCAAAAGCAAGCCACUGCCCCCUUUGUCGUGAAGAAGUCUAGUUUCAUUCAUAUCUACGUGCACAGAAAAUUACAUUAACUAAUCCUUUUUUACAG